CAAUCGGGCAGCAGAAAGCCGGUUCCUGCCGUGUUAGCGGAUCUCCCUCUCUAUAUAAAGGCUGGGAGAGAGCUCAUCCAGCGCUGUGAGCCACACACACCAGGAAGUCUUCCAGCAUGAGUUACUCUCUGGAAACUAUAGGAAGCCCCUCUUAUAGGAGGAUGGCCGAGACCAGGACCAUCUACAGCCGGACCAGCAGCUCCCCAUCCAGUGGCUUCAGGUCCCAGAGCUGGUCCAGGAGCAGUCCCAGCACCAUCUCCUCCUAUAAGAGGAGCAACCUGGCUGUCCCCAGAGGGUACAGCUCCAGUGACAGCCUGGACCUAAGCCAGUCCUCAGUCUACAAUGGGGACCUCAAGCAAGUCCGAUCCAGCGAGAAGGAACAACUGCAAGGACUCAAUGACCGCUUCGCCGGCUACAUCGAGAAGGUCCAUUACCUGGAGCAGCAGAACAAGGAGAUCGAGGCGGAGAUCCAGGCCCUGAGACAGAAGCAGAGUGGACACAGCCAGCUGGGGGAUAUGUACGAAGAUGAAAUGCGGGAACUUCGCUCCAACCUGGAGGCUCUCAGCCACGAGAAGGCGCAGAUCAUGCUGGACACCGAGCACCUGGAGGAAGACAUGCAGAGGCUAAAGGACAGGUAUGAAGAAGAAGCUCGGAUCAGGGAUGACACCGAGGCCAUGAUCAGGGCUAUGAAGAAGGACAUGGAUGACACGUCCUUGGUCAGGGUGGAGCUGGACAAGAAGGUGCAGAGUCUCCAGGAAGAGGUGGCCUUCCUCAAAAGUAACCACGAUGAGGAGGUCAACGAGCUCCUGGCCCAGAUCCAGGCUUCACACAUCACGGUGGAAAGGAAAGACUUCCAGAAGACAGACCUGGCCUCCGCCUUGAGGGAAAUCCGCUCCCAGCUGGAGGGACACUCCAACCAGAACAUGGUGGAGACAGAGGAGGUCUUCAGGUGCAGGUAUGCCAAGCUGACCGAGGCUGCCGAGCAGAACAAGGAGGCCAUCAGAUCGGCCAAAGAGGAGAUAUCCGAAUACAGGAGGCAACUGCACAGCAAGAGUGUAGAGCUGGAGUCUGUCCGGGGAACCAAGGAGUCACUGGAGAGACAGCUGAAUGACAUAGAGGAGAGACACAACCAUGACCUUAUCAGCUACCAGGUGGGCCACCUUUUACCGAAGGGGAAACUCGGUUAUCUGGGGUGCAAAUUCCCUAAAAUUGCUUUUAAAUAGAUGAUAGAAUGAUACACGUAUCCAGAUAUAAGUAACAUGCACAAUGUGUGAUAAGACCAGAGAGUUACUUAGAAGUAGUGAAGACUUCCUUGUAAAGUUUUCUCUUUCUGAGAGGUGGAACAAGAUGUUUAAGAUUGUGUUGGGAUGUGAUGUAGAUGUUGUGAAUAUAUGAGAUGUGGUCCAGGAGAGUGCAUGAUGUUUCAGUUCAGUUUAUAGACACGUUUCUCUGUGAACCUAUCUGAUGGCAUUAUGGUUAUUUAUUAAGUUAGUAACUGCUCUGAUAUCUGCAUUUAGUUGGGUUCUGUUAUUCGCUGUUUUUGAUUUAUCAUACAUACCAAUGUGAUAUCUUCCUGCAACCUUAUCCUGUUGGUGGUUUUUGUUUUGGGGGGAGGGGGAGUAGAGGUGCAGGUCAUUGGGGCGCACUGCGCAAUUUGUGCAUGUUCUGCAGUCACGUGCUGGAGUGGGUGUGUUGGGGUUCUGGAAUGCUGAGCAUUAAUGCUGUGUUAUGCAGGGGGUGUGGCGCAAUGGGUGCGCUUGGAGCAGAGUGACGCAGUGUGUAUGACUGUUCUUGACAGAGGGUGUGGUGCAAUGACUGUGCAUGUACUGUGUAUGUGUGCUGUGUAGGGGGCGUGCUGUGAUUUCAUGCAAUAACCCCUUGUGAUCUAUAAGCUGUGUAUUACCAUAAUGCAUUUCUAUACAUUGUGUCAGUGUAGGAGAUGCUGAGGGUUUAGGUGUUAAAGGAGCACCAUUGUGCUCCAAGGACACUGGAGGCAAACUAUGCUCGCUGCAGCCCCCUCUGACUCUCCUCUCCUUUCCGUCUCUCCCCAUCCUCCAGGAAACCAUCCAGCAGCUGGACAACGAGCUGAAGGGAACCAAAUGGGAGAUGUCACGUCAUUUGCGGGAAUACCAAGACCUGCUCAAUGUCAAGAUGGCUCUGGAUAUAGAAAUUGCUGCAUACAGGUACCUGGGCACAGUCUGCAGAAUAUUAAUAGCACUGCAGUAAACCAGCACGAUGCAAACUUUCACAUCCCAGGGUGUGGGAGGGGAACUAGAGGCUAGCCCAGCCUAUAAGAGACCACACACAGAGCAAUGCAGGAGUACCACAAACAUAGAAAAUUCAGCACCCCAAAAGCAAGAAAUCAGGAGAACAGUAACAACAAAAACUCAAUAAAUACAUGAGCAAAAGUUGAAAGAAUACAAGAAUCCACUGUAACAGCGCUAUUUUUUCCUGUAAAAUGAUUACCCAUUUUAUGACAGGUGUACAGUGACCAGGAAUAUUGGUGAAAUAGCUUAGACACCAGGUGCAUAAAAUAAAACUCCUACUUGCCAAGAGAAGCAAUAUACGUUUAUAUUGUUCAAGAACUGAACUAAGUAGCAAAAAAAGAAUUCCCCAUACAUGAAAUAGAAUUACAAAAUUACCCGUAUACAAAUCAUAAAUAUAUAAAGCACUCAGUACAAAACUAUCAUUAAAAAGCACAAGGGCAGUCAAUGGCAGAAUGGAUCCAAUAACACAACUGCCCUAAAAACUAAUGCUGUGAGCUGUUUUGUAUAUCUAUCAAAAAUAAUCAAUUUUCUCUAAGUACAUCUAAACACAUGUAGUUAUCACAUAACAGAAUAAUACAUGUCAGAAUACAUGGCUUCAACCUACAUCAAAGUACAAUAAUCUGAUUAUUAGUUACUGUUACAAAGCAUUUAGAUUUAAACAAGGAGAUAUGUUUAAAGAGUAAUUCCGGGGUAAAAAAUUGAAAAUAAACAGCAACAAUCUAUUGGCAUAUAUAAAAUUAAUCUAUCUGUAUCAGAAUUGCUAUAGAACAAAUAUUCACUGAGUUACAGAAUUUGCAAAGUGGAGAUUUUAAAACUGAGAUACUCUACCAAAAAUUCUUUAAAGCUUUAUAUAGAAAAAACAAACAUUAUUUUAUACCAAUACAUAUGCCAGCAAUGCAGGCAAUGACCAAACAUCACUAUUUAAAAACUAACAAAUGUUUUCCAAAUAUAAAUUCUACAAAAUGGAGGAGUGGGACAUUAUUUUGCACAAUAAUCAGAUGUAUUUAGAUAAUGUAAUAUAAAGGGAAACAGUUAAAUAAUGAUAACUGGGAUGUGAAUUAAAACCAAUGGAAACAUCACAGUCCAAACCAAAGUCAUCUCUAACAAUAUCUAAUACAGGAAGUGCCCUAACUGGGUAGUAACAGGUGGUGCUAACCCCUCCCAAUAUAUAUUUCCUCAGAUAGUAGAAAUAGUGUUAGUUUUAUAUCUAAUGAAAGUACAAAAGAAUAUUUUAUACAUGUGUAAGUAUUGCAAGAAUAUUGAAAUGUAUAUUUUUUUCUUUCCAUAGGAAAUUACUUGAAGGUGAAGAAACACGGUUUUCCACCUUCGCUGGCAUGCACAGUCCUUCUGCUCCUCUCAGACAUGCACCUAUCUCUAUGUCCUCCAGCAGAGUGCAGCAUGUGAGAUCAGAGCCCCCAAGGGUAAAAGUGCAGCACAAGUUCGUGGAAGAGAUUAUUGAGGAGACCAAGGUGGAGGAUGAGAAGUCAGAUAUGGAGGCAGCACUGGCUGCAAUGGCAGAAAGGUUUGCAUCAGGCCUUCUAGAUGAAGACGUAGAAAAAGAAGAAGAGGAAGAAGUUGAAGAAGCAGUUGAAGAAGCAAUUGAAGAAGAGAUUGUAGCAGCUGUAGAAUCUACCAUACAAGCAGCCGCACCUAAAGAGGAAGAGGCAGGUGAGGAGGAGGAGGAAGAGAAGGGAGAGGAAGAAGCAGAGGUAGAAGAGGAGGAAAAAGAAGAAGUAGAAGAAGAAGAGGGUGAUAAAGCUGAGGAUGAGACAGAAGAGGAGGGAGAGAAGGAAGAGGAAGUAAAGGAAGAUGAAGAAGAGGAAGUAAAGGCAGAUGAGGAAGAGGAAGUAAAAGUAGACGAAGAAGAGGAAGAAGGGAAAACCGAAGAAGAAGAGAAAGAUGAGGGAGAAGAAGGGGAUGCUGAGGAGGAAGAGAAAGUAGAAGAAGCAGAGGGUGAGGAAGAGAAGGAGGAUGAAAAAGAAGAACAAGGAGAACAGGUUGAAGAGGUAGAAGAAAAAGAGGAAGGAGAAGCAGAAGAAGCUGGUGAGGCAGUGGCAGAAGAAGAAGCUGGAGAGGAAGAGAAAGAGGGUGAAGCUGAGCAGGAAGCAGAGGAGACAGAAGAAGCCCCAGAGGAGACACAAGAAGAGGAAGUAGUGGAAGAGCCAAUAGUAGAAACUAAAAUAGUUAGAGUCAAAACUGUAAUAGAAACUAGAGUAGUCGAGGUUUCAGAAGACAAGAAAGUAGAGGAGGAAGAGACAGAAAAAGGAGAUGAUGAAGCAGAGGAAAAAGCUGAAGGAGAAGAAGAAGGAGAAACAGAUGAAGUUAAAGAGGAGCAGGAAGAAGGAAAAGGAGAGACAGAGGAAGAAGGAGAUAAGCAGGAAGUAGAAGAAGAAACAAGCAAAGAGGAAGAGGCUGGAGAUGAAACAGAAGAAGUUGAAAAAGAAAAGAAAGUAGAGUCCCCUGAGGAAAAGAUUGAAGAAGAGACAAUAUCUGUCUCCAAAGCAGCCUCUGUAGGAUCACAGAAGGAAGAAACAAAAGAUCAGGAAGAAGAGGAAGACAGUGCACCAAGGGAAGAUGGGAAGGAAGACACUGCAGUGAAUGGAGAUGUAGAGGAAGAGGCAGAAGAGAAAGAAGAGAGUGAGGACAAGGGUGUAGUUACCAAUGGUCUGGAUGAUAGCCCCUCAGAGGACAAGGACAGCAGCAAGAGCCCACAAAAAGUAAUCAUCACCAAGAAGAUUGAGACUACAACCACUGAGGGUGAGGAUGGAACAAAGUAUAUCACAGAGUCAGUAACAGUUACCCAGAAAGUGGAAGAACAUGAGGAAACUGUACAAGAGAAAGUGGUGUCUACCAAGAAAGUAGAAAAAGUUACUUCACAUGCAGUGGUCAAGGAGGUCACUGAAGACAAGUGAGGCAAACCUCAUUAUGUUUCCAGCAAGCAACAGGACUGAAUAAGCCAUAAGAUUAACUGCAUGUAAAGUGUCAGCUUCUAAUGGGCUUCUAGCAGAAGGGGUUCUCUCGUGGGGUGGGGGCUCCAGACACUGUAAUAUUACUUUCUGUGCAAUACUUGGGGGAGGGCAAUGCAUGCUAGCUCCAGAUGUGCCCCUCCCACACAACUUUGGGAAAUUACACAAAAAACAACUGCAUGAUAUGUACAAGGAAGAAAAGUUUUGGGAGUUUCCUAAGUUGUAGUGGGCAAGGGUUAUCGUGGUCUGGGAACUAGAUUCCUAAAGGUUGUGAGCUAAAUUAUGCAAAGAACCAACUGAGCCAAAAAAAGGGGGGAGGGACCAUGAAACGGAACUUUUAUCGCCUUAAUAAAAUGAACCUAUCCUUAUGUUUACCUCACUGGUGCAAUUAACAGACUGCAGGUCAUGGGAGAACCUGGUUGAGUUUAAAACAACCUGCUAUUGAUUUAUGUAAUAGCAAACCUUGCUCAAUAAAAUGUCAUAUUGAAAAAAUAAUUUGAAAUGUCUACUU